GAAAUGAGUUCUAUAAAAUGGUUAGUGAUAAGUGAUGAAGACGAAGAAAGUCAAGACAAUGAUACUAACGUAUCCAGAAUUCGUAUCAAUGUUGAAGAGGAUGCUACCAACUUACUUUGCACUAAGGAUGAUAAAAUCGUAAAUCUUGUUUCAAUUUUUGGCCCGGCAAGGACGGGAAAAUCAACGUUAAUGAACAUUUUGGCGGGUGUGGAUAAUUGUGAACGUGAAAUUUUCACGUCUUCUUCUGCUACAGAAACAGUUACAACGGGAGUUGACAUUUUCGAGGUAUUCCUACCGCUUAAAGAAUUCUCAAAGUUAAAUAAUAACCCAGAGAUUGACAGUGAUGUCUUAGUUGGAUUUGUCGACACAGAAGGACAAGGCAAUAAAGGCGAUGAGUUUGAUCUCUAUCUUUUCUCUCCUAUCCUUGUUACUUCAAAAAUUGUUAUUUUCUGGUGGCCUGAAAUGUUUCUAGUAGAUAAAAUACUUAAUAAUUUGGGUGCAAUGACGAAAUCAGCACAACGAAUCACACAAGAUGCUCAAAGUCAACCUCAGAAGGGUCGUAGAGAUAAAUACAAAGAACACAAUACUAUUCGUAAACUGUUGAAUGACUCCUUUGAAAGUAUUGGUAUAUGGCUCUUUCCUUUAAGUGACUUAAGUCAAAGCCGAGAAAAAUUGCUUUUUGAAGAUUUCAAUGAAAACUGGAAGCAAACAUUUAAAGAGAUGCGCGAAAAAGUUUCUGAACAAUUGAGUGUUAAUGAAUCAAAGCAUAGCACCGGAAAACCAUGUACUGGCCGGGACAUCGCUGAGUUUACUGAAGUUUUAUGCAAUGCACUUAAUAACUCAGAAACAUAUACGAUCACUUCAAUCUUUGAGAGGAUGCAAAUCACUCGUGCUAAGACGUUGGCCAAAAAUGCAAAAGAUUAUUUUCACACACUUGUUUAUCGUUAUGAUAUUAAUACUAUGAAUGUUCGAUAUAAAGUAGAGGGAUGCAAUGAUGAAGGCAUUGACGCAUAUUUAUGCAAAGAACUAGAAUAUUUUAAAAAAAAAUUGGAAUCAGAAGGUCUUUCUAAUAAAAUAGUAAAAGAGACCUGUGAAACUUAUAGUGAAUCAGUCCGAUCAAUAACAAAUGAGUUCAAAAUACAAAUAGCAAGUAUAGCUAUGGAAGAACAAGAAUUUCAAGAUCAAGUUAAUACAUCUGUAUCUAACAUAACGUUGCCACUUUCAAAAUCAAUUCUUACAAAAUCUCUUAAAGAACUGACUAAACCAUUAUGGUGCAAUUUUAAUAAUAAGCAGAAACUUAUAGUGCAAAAUGAAAUCGCUCAUGCUAAGAAGAUAACUGAAGAUGCACAGAAAGAUUUUCGCACAUUUGUUAGUGAUAUGAAUCCUCAAUAUAAAGUAGGGGGAUGCGAUAAUGUUGGCAUUGAUGCAUAUUUAUAUGAAGAACUAGAAAACUUUGAAAAAAAUUUGGAAUUUGAGAAUUUUUCUGAUAAAAUAGCAAAAGAGACUUACGAAACUUAUAGUGAAUCGGUCCGCUUAAUAGUGGAUGGGAUUAAAUUAAAAAUUGCAAAUAUAACUAUAGAAGUACAAACAUUUAAGGAUCAAGUUAAUAAAUCUGUAUCUAACAUAGUGUUGCCACUUUCAAAAUCAAUUCUUACAAAGUCCUUUAAUGAGAUAACCCAACCACUGUGGAGCAAUUUUAAUAAUAUUGUCAAAGAUUUUCCAAAAAAACUUGUACAGCAACAUCGAGACAUUCUUGAAAAUUCUUGCAGAGAAACGGAACAACAUCUUAUGCUAAAAAAUGAAAUUACUCACGCUAAGAUAUUGGCCAAAAAUGCAUAUAAUGAAUUCCGCACACUUGUUAAUAAUAUGAGUCCUCAAUAUGAAGUAGAGGGAUGUGAUGAUAAAGGCAUUAAUGCAUAUUUAUACGAAGAACUCAAAAAUUUCAAAAGAAAAUUAGAAUCAGAGAAUUUUUCUGAUAAAAUAGUAAAUGAAACCCAUAAAGCUUAUAGCAAAUCAGUCCACUUGAUGGUGAAUGAGAUCAGAAUGAAAAUUGCAAAUAUAACUAUAGAAGUACAAACAUUUAAGGAUCAAGUUAAUAAAUCUGUAUCUAAAAUAACAUUGCCACUUCCAAAAUUAGAUCUUACGAAGUCUUUUAAAGAGCUAACCCAACCACUGUGGAGCAAUUUUAAUAAUAUUGUCAAAGAUUUUCCAAAAGAUCUUGGACAGCAGCAUCGAGAUAUUCUUGAAAAUUUUUGCAAAGAAACAGAACAAGUUCUUAUGGUAAAAAAUGAAAUUACUCAUGCUAAGAUAAUGGCUGAAGAUGCAUAUAAUGAUUUUCGCGCACUUGUGAAUAAUAUGAAUCCUCAAUAUGAAGUAGAGGGAUGUGAUGAUAAAGGCAUUAGUGCAUAUUUAUACGAAGAGCUCAAAAAUUUUAGAAGAAAGUUAGAAUUUGAGAAUUUUUCUGAUAAAGUAGCAAAUGAGACUUACGAAACUUAUAGAAAAUCAGUCCAUCAAAUAGCAAAUGCGACCAAAGUAAAAAUCGCAAAUAUAAUUAUAGAACAACAUCAAGACAACCUUGAAAAUUUUUGCAGAGAAAUAGAACAACUUCUCAUAUUGAAAAACAAAGAAAAAAUUGAUGAAAUUAUUUCGAUUGCACAAAACAAGUUAAAAGAAAACUUAGAAAAGUCAGCCAAAAAAUUAAACAACCGACUACCAAUGAAGGACGAGAAGUUUGAGUCUGAAUGGUCCAUUUUAUUUAAGGAAAACAAGGACUU